AUGUUGCACCCUCGGUCGAGGCGUCAAAACACAUCGGACUGUGCGACUAAGUUCAUGGAUCACCGUGAAACCUGGUCGCCAUCAUCCUAUAGGCGGCCAUCGUUCACCACCACCGACAAUCUGCUUCUUCACCACUAUUCAUGGGGUUUACUUCGUCAACAAUGCUCACCAUCCCCACCAGCUCCCACCCUAGAAAGUGAAGAUGAGGAUGCAUUGAAGGGGUUGUCAGGGAGCUUCAUUACUUUAAAAGUAUCCUACCGUUCGCUUUUUCUCCUUCACCAUUACCCUCCUUCUCCACUCCUCCACCGUGACCACCAUCUACACCAACACAUCCACCUUUAUAACCCCAUUCCACAUUAUACCACAUGCGGAUUAACCCAACAUCAUACCCACCAUGUUCAUCACUCAGCCUUCUUCCACUCCAUAACCACCUCCCUCAGCCAGUCUCUACUACAUCCUACACAACCCACCAAAUCAACCAUAAAUCACCACCAAAAACACUCCUUAACUUUCUUCAAGGUAGCAAAUGAGCAAUCACAACCACCAUCGAGCCUUCCUAUGAAAAAGAAAAACCAUCCAACACUUUCUGACUUCGAUUUGGAGAGAAAGAGAGAAGGAUUUUCAUCGAUCUAG